AUGCAUGCAACUAAUAGUUCAAUUAUAAUAGAUUCGGCAAUCCGACUGCCAUCGGAUAAUUCCAUAUUAUUGGGUGAGACUAGUAUUUUACCCAAUUUACCACCCUUUGAUACAACUGAAGAUGUCAUAGAUUUUAUUAUUCAGAAUGAAAUAGACAUACCUGAUGUGAUACCAUUGCCAUGGUAUGAUACUUUAGAAAUAAUAGUAGAAAAAGACCCCAUUAUUGACGCUCCUAAUAAAUGCUCUUCUCCUCAGAAUAACGCAUCAUCCAUACCAGCCAUUCCCAGUUGCAGCAAUAACACUAAUCAAGCAAAAAAUUCGCUUGAGUCCACAGUUGAUAGUCAGACUGCAAUAAAGUCUGUAAUAGAUCCCACUAAUAGUAUUAAUUCAUCGAAUGAUACAAAUCCAUCCAAUCCACUAGAAGGAUUUUUGAAAAUACCGGAUUUACCACAAAAGAAAUUUAAAGUUACAAAAAAAAUGCCUGCACCUUAUGGAUUAACAGGGCUCAAAUACAAAGAAUAUUUAAAAAAUCAGGACGAUGAGAAAAAAAUUAAGGAGGAAGAAUUAGCGAAUAAAAGAAAGGAACGAGAAGAAAAAAGACUGAACAAACAAAAAUCUCAAAGCAAAAAACGUGUUCAACUGAAACGCCCAAAAAAUCCCCUUAAAAAAGCAAGCUAA